AUGGGACAGGAUGAUGAGGAUACCGCUUUCAGCGAGAAGAUUAUCAACGAGAUCGAUAGCGUGUUCAUGCGUGAUCCGGAAUUAGUUGGAUUUGAAAUCAUACCGAUGCCACUGAAUCAAAACAAAUCGCCGGUGAUACAUGUGGAGCAUAAUCUGGGAUUACAAUCGUGGUGCAUCGAGUGUGUGUACACCUAUUCGCAUCGUUUGAUAUUGCAAUAUGGCAACGAGUGCCUAUCCUCAAAUACACUUCCGGCUGGUUGCGGGUUAGUCGCUUGGAACGUGUCCGACAAGGGCAAACUCAGCACGGUAGCAAGUGGUCCCGGUCCCGGCAGCAAUGCUAGCAAUGGUACGAAUGUUCCCAUCAUCAAGUACCUAAACUGUGCAAUACUGAUUAACCCGGAUGUGGCCACGUUUUGGAAUCUGCGACGGCAGCUGUUUGCGAAAAAUCGCUUGGACAUUGCCAAGGAGUUCCAUUUCUCGGCCCUUGUGCUUAGCAAAAAACCCAAAUCAAAUGAAGCGUUCGCUUACAGGCGAUGGUUGUACCUGUUUCAGAGUACCGACGCCAUCGAUUGGGCGUUCGAGAUAAGCUUGUGCGAAAAAUGUGCGGACAAGAGCAAUACCAACUAUCACGCCUGGUGCCACCGGCAGUGGGUGCUCGUGCAGGCACCCGACCUCCUCAAGUACGAGGUCUACAAGACGGAAAAGUUUAUCCGCAAGCACAUCCACGACUACAGCUGCUACAACCACCGGCAGUUUGUGCUGGCGAAGAUGUUCGAAACGUGCUGCUACGACAAGGAGGACGACGGUUCCGAGGAUAUUGCGGAAACUGCCGGCGAUGGCAGUUUGCAGACUGCUGGACGCAGCCGCAAAUAUAACGCUCUCUGCACGCUGAUCGAGGCGCUAACCGGUGGGGGAGCUGUUCCGUCGCCCACGGACGAAACCACGGUGAACAAUCUCCUGCGCUACCUGCUACCUGCCAUUACCAAAGAGCACGAACUGAACCAACACCGUGUGCAAACCUUCCUGUACUGCUUGAAUCUGGCCGCACACGAUCUGCGUCUGUGUGACGAGCUGAGCACCCUGCACAGCGUUUCCCAAGCGCUCGAAAACCAUCGGAAGUUUAUGGUGAAAUUUCUUGUCGAUCGGCUACGGGUUGGGUCGGGCUGGCUGCUGAACACAUCGGGCGCCAUCUACGCCAACCCGGGCGGAUGCCAACAACCACUGUCGAAAGUAACGCGCCUCGACGAGGAUGCGUGCGAGUUUCUGCAGGCGCUGAAAGUGCACGAACUCCGCCGAACGCACGGCAAUCCCCGGCACGGUCAAUGGUGCAAAAUGUUUCUCGGAAUUGUGCCGGAGCAGUAA